AUGCUGAAGUGGGUUAAUCUUGACGACGUGAAGUGGAUGGAGCUUGACGACGCUCGCUCAUGGCACUGGAUGCUGGAGAUGUACUAUCGGCCAAAUCCCACCGUUAGAAAGAUUGUUCAAGCCAAAGUAGAGGUGGCGACCAUCCACCAAGAGAUCUGCCGAACCCAUCGCGAAGCUGAUGCCGCUGCUUUGGCGUUGUUGCAAGCGUUUCGUGAAGAGCAUGUCGCCGCAUCAAAGGUAACCCAAGCGAAACAUCAAUGGGCAAUCAUGGACUCCCUAAUGACAAACAUGUGCAACAUGGAGAACGUCCCCUUCGACAAUACAACGAUCCAACGCGUGGCUUCAAUGACGAUGAACUCAUACAAGCAAGCGGUGAAGGACCACUCUGGGACGCUGACCAUUACUGGCAACAUCGAACGAGGGUGGCUUAAAGCGAAGGACGACCUCGCUGAGGUGAGCGCCGUGCACCAUGAAAAGCAAGCGGCAGUGGAGCUGUUGGGUGAGACAUAUCAGCAAACCCAGGAAGCGGUGGACUGUUUGUUUGCCGACAACACCAACGCCAUGACUGCUGAGGACCUUCUGCAUCUACCACCCCCCAGCGAGCUGACGCCAGUGCAAGUGGUGCUCAUACUCACAGACUUCGUGUACAUUCUUUAUUUGUUCAUCACAAUGGCAAGACUCUCGUUCAAGGGCCGCUGGUUUGAUUUCUGGUUCCGAAAGUUCCCCAGUUUUUUUACGGCCCUCGUUUGCUUGGAAAUUUUUGACCUUGUGGAUUUCAACAUCACCUGGGAGCUGGUGGCGAUUAUUGUGCUCGUUGCCGUGAUAGACCUGGGCUGUAUUCGCCGCAUUAUCCCUCGGCGCAGCUGGUUCCACCCCUACCUGCUCUUCGUCAUCGCCAGCUGGAUUGCCAUACUCUCCUUCAUCCAAUACUUCUACAAUCAGACAUUACGGUCAUGGGUCGACCAAAAGUGCCACGUGAAAUCAAUUCCCAGACAUAUCGAUUAUCACCCCACCGUCGAUAUGCUAUACUUUGAUUGUAACUUAUCCCUGGACGCAGUGGUGCUCAAGCUGGAACUUGACGAGCUGGCGCCACCGGAGAUUGUCAACUGCCAGCUCGAGUGUUUCAUAUGCGUGGCACCGAUAUCGUUGCCCGUGGUUAUCGAUCCUGACAACGAAUAUUGUCCUCGUAAGAAGGAGUAUAUGGUCACUCCCUGCUGCCACGUAUUCCACGCCAAGUGCUUGAAGCAGUGGAUGGAACGUAAGCGUCGAUGCCCCAUGUGUCACCUGAAAUUGCCUCGAUACGAGAUGUAUGAGACUAUGGCAUUUGCCGAGACCCUGUAG